GAUGUGCUCCCGCGUGCCGUCCCUGGCCAUCGUCUUCCUCAGUCUCUCUCUAUCCCUCUCUCUCCUGCGUGCUACCGCAUAGCUCUUUCUCUUUCGAUCCCGCACUCCCUCUUAUUGCUUGCAAUUGCACAGAGAGAGAGAGAGAGAGAGAGAGAGAGAGAGUGUGGCUUUUAGAAAGCUGAAUGGGAAGGUCGGGUUGUUCCGUCUCCGAUCUCGGAUGGUCUCACCGGAGAAGGAGGAAGGGAGGAGAGGGUCUCCUGUCGCCUCAUUAAUUCUCCCGCGUUCCCUCGUUGAUCGGAUGGCGUUUAUGAAGAACUAGGGAGCGUCUUGUUUGGAUCCACCCGUCGAUUGGCUGGUCGAUGGUUUGCUGAUCUUUGGAUCGCUACCAAAUCCCGCGAUCUUGCCACGAGGGAUCGCCCCAUUCGUCCCAGGAGAUUGUGAGUUCCUUCCGACUGCUCCGAUCUUCCUGGAAGGAACUGGUGACUGCUUCUUUUGUUUCAUGAACACCAGAUUUGAUUCGCUGGAUUUGGCGCCCAACGCCUAGUACUGUCUGUGCCCAGAUGGGUGGACAUGUGCAUCAGGGGAAUGCAGCUCUGUAUGAGCAGGUGGGAGCGACGAGCGAUGCAGGGGGCGCCGUCAAGGCGCGAUGGCUGCAGUCUGCCGGUUUACAACACCUUGCUUCUCCGUUGGCUUCGUCGGGCGUUGAUCAUCGUACGCUCCCAAGCCUUCUCAUGCAGGGUUAUGCGUCACAAUCUAGCGAGGACAAGCAGCGGUUGUAUAAGUUUUUGAGGAACUUGAACCUGAACGGUGACACUGGAUCUGAGCCCUAUACGCCACCUCCAGCUAGUACGGGAGCGGUUUAUGCUGUGGACGGGUUUUAUUCUCCUGAACUGCGAGGGGAGUUAGGAGCUGGCCUUUUAGAUCUUCAUUCUGUCGAUGACACAGAACUUCUUUCAGAGAAUGUACACUCUGAAGCUUUUGAACCAUCACCUUUCAUGCAUGCUGCUACAAGAGGUUAUGAUGAUGAUUUUGAGGCCACGGUUGGCAAGCCCAAGGGAGAGCCUGAUGCUCCUUACAAACUGUCAAGUAAUGAGAAAGAUGACAUUGCUAAGGAGUACAAUGUUGCUAAAAUUAAAGUCGUGGUUCGGAAAAGGCCUUUGAACAAGAAGGAGAUAGCAAGAAAAGAGGAUGAUAUUGUCAAGGUGUCUGAUAAUUCCUGCUUAACUGUUCACGAGACCAAGCUAAAGGUGGAUCUGACUGCUUAUGUGGAGAAGCAUGAAUUUUGUUUUGAUGCCGUGUUGGGCGAGCAUGUGACAAAUGAUGAGGUAUAUCGUGUUACUGUGGAGCCAAUUAUUCCUAGUAUUUUCAAGCGUACAAAAGCAACAUGCUUUGCAUAUGGUCAAACGGGUAGUGGUAAGACAUUCACUAUGCAGCCUUUGCCUCUUAAAGCUUCUGCAGACAUUGUCAAGUUAUUGCAUCAGCCUGUCUACCGUACUCAGAAGUUUAGAUUAUGGUUGAGUUUUUUUGAAAUUUAUGGUGGAAAACUGUAUGAUCUUCUUAGUGAUAGAAGGAAGCUGCUAAUGAGGGAAGAUGGCCGGCAACAAGUUUGUAUUGUUGGGUUGCAGGAAUUUGAAGUUUCUGAUGUACAAAUUGUUAGAGAAUAUAUUGAGAAAGGAAAUGCUGCCAGAAGCACUGGUUCUACAGGUGCCAAUGAAGAAUCUUCUCGGUCGCAUGCUAUAUUGCAACUUGCAGUUAAAAGGCAUGGAAAUGAAUCCAAGGGUGGAAAGCUUGUGGGCAAGAUUUCAUUUAUUGACCUUGCUGGUAGCGAGCGUGGUGCAGACACUACAGAUAAUGAUCGCCAAACAAGGAUUGAAGGAGCAGAGAUUAACAAAAGUCUUUUAGCACUGAAGGAGUGUAUUCGUGCGCUUGACAAUGAUCAAAUUCAUAUUCCAUUUCGAGGGAGUAAGCUCACAGAAGUGCUCCGUGAUUCCUUUGUUGGCAAUUCGAGGACUAUCAUGAUAUCAUGUAUAUCUCCUAAUGCUGGCUCGUGUGAGCAUACACUAAAUACACUGCGAUAUGCAGAUAGAGUUAAGAGUCUUUCAAAGGGAGGAAAUGCCAGAAAAGAGCAAUCACCUAAUUCUUUUCCUACCAGCAAGGAUCCUUCACUUUCAUUGGCAUGUCCUGGUUCUGCUGAGGCUGAGGAACCUUAUGACCAAAAUCAAGAAGUGAAUGUGGUUGAAACAGGAAGAAAGGGAGCCGAAAGCUUUUAUAACUCUAACAUAGAGGUUGAUAGAUAUUUGGUUAAACAUUCUUCGAGCUCAUCUACUAGUUAUGCCCUCAACGGAAGGGAGGAGGAUGGAUUUCCAUCUGGUUCCUUAGACAGGGAAAGGCCUGAUAGUACGGAGUUUUCUGGGGGUCUAAUCUCUAGUAACAGACAUCAUUCCUCAAUUAGUUCUGACUUGCCCGAGGCAGAGAGAGUACAAAAGGUUUCCCCCACUGGUCGGAAAGUGGCAAGGGAAGAUAAGCCUGAAAGACAAAGCAACUGGCCUAGAAAAGAUGCCCGCUCAGACUUUUCACCCACAACUUACAAACGGCAACACAAAUACAAUUCUGAUUCAAGUAUGGCACCGGCGAAGAUGAGUGACAACACAGGUCAGGAUGGGGAGAUCAAUGCAUUGUUAGAGGAAGAGGAGUCUCUAAUAUCUGCACACAGGAAAGAAAUUGAGGAUAGCAUGGAGAUGGUUCGUGAAGAGAUGAAGUUGUUAUCCGAGGUGGAUCAACCAGGCAGUCUUAUUGAGAAUUACGUGAGUCGAUUAAACUUUGUGCUUUCACGGAAAGUUGCAGGUCUAGUUAGUCUCCAGGCCCGCCUGGCAAGAUUUCAGCAUCGCCUAAAAGAGCAGGAGAUACUUAGCAGAAAGAGAGUUCCUCGGUGAUUGAACUUGGUGCAGCACUGCGCACAUUUCCCAGGGCACCCUAUACAUCUAGGCAAUUCCAUAUCCGGUUCUUUGCGCAGAUGCCUUUUUGUCCUGCUAUGAUAAGCGUUGAAUUGUUUUUCCCACUAGGUGAUGUAUCCUAGUGUACCACCAAUUCACUCCCUGUAGCCUCUGUGCUUGGCAGAGAUAGUGAACCUUAUAUAUUUUUCCUAUGAUUAUGCUCAUGGGAAUUCUCUAUAUCGUACUCUCAACCUUCAAUGGUCACAUCCAUACAGCAGAACAAUUGUCUAUUUAUUAAAAUUGGUUCAGAA